CAAGUGAGCAGCAGCAGCAAACAUAAGAAAAAAAGUUCUCAACCCCCUCCCCAAAACUAAAUAGAAAAGUGUCACGGCAAAUUUUUUCCGCUGCAAUAUUGGAUAAAUUAAUGAUUAUACAAUUUGUGAGCUUUAAAGAAUACAACAAUAACAACAAAAAUAUAUAUGCAAAAAAAGAAUAUUGAAUAAAAUAGAGAUUUUCUCGACGCCAGUGUGUAAAAUUUCAUUAUCACAUCCAAACUAGACAACAAUAAUAAUAAUUGAGUGAGUGAGUGUGUCGCUGGGUGUCGUCAACAACAUGAGUGACCGUGAAUUAAGUUGCACCAAUACGGCGGGACAAUUUAUGGAUCGUGGCCGCAUGAAUCAGAAUGGUGUCGUCCAGCCGUUGUUAACAGAUUUAUAUCAAAUAACCAUGGCCUAUGCCUAUUGGAAAUCGGGAAAAACAGACGAUCAUGCUGUGUUCGAUUUAUUUUUUCGUACAAAUCCAUUCCAUGGUGAAUUUACCAUAUUUGCUGGCUUGGAUGAGUGUCUAAAGUUUUUGGACAGUUUUCACUACAGUGAUAGUGACAUUGAAUACUUAAAACAAACCCUACCCGAGGGCACCGAAAACGAAUUUUUCGAUUAUUUGGGAAACCUAACGGCAAAAGACGUAACACUGUAUGCCAUCGAUGAGGGUACAGUGGCAUUCCCACGAGUGCCCAUCAUUAAGGUUGAAGGUCCUUUGAUCAUUGUACAGCUGUUGGAAACAACGCUAUUGACAUUAGUUAACUAUGCAAGUUUAAUGGCAACAAAUGCUGCACGUUAUCGCAUGGUAGCCGGUAAACAUGUAAACCUAUUGGAAUUUGGUUUAAGGCGAGCUCAAGGUCCUGAUGGUGGUCUGUCGGCGUCAAAAUAUUCAUAUAUUGGCGGUUUCGAUGGCACUUCGAACGUUUUGGCUGGUAAACUUUUCAAUAUUCCUGUCAAGGGCACCCAUGCUCAUGCCUAUAUAACAUCAUUUUCGGGUAUUGGUGAGCUAAAGACACGCCUAUUGAAACAUAAGACAACAGGUGUAACGGGAGAUCUUCUCGAAUUGGCUGUACAAUAUCGCCAGGCGCUGUCUCAGCUGCUUGACGUUUCCAUGGAAGAAUCCUCUGAGGGUGAAUUAGCCGCAAUGGUCUCAUAUGCCAUUGCAUUUCCCGAUGGAUUUAUGGCUCUAGUCGAUACGUACGAUGUUAAGAGCAAAAAUGCCAAAAAUAAUGAGAAUUUAAAUGUUACCAACACCACUACAACUACUACUACUAUUGCCAAUACUAAAAUCAAGCCAAACAAUAAAGUGACAACAUCAAAAUCCCUUGAUGUUUCACAGAAUGAUAAUAAGAAACAUUUAUCAAAUGGAAUUCAAACGUCCCCGCCAUCCCAACAGCCACAUCAUAUCAAUGGUAAUGGCUUGGAGAAAAUGCACGAUGCGAACUGUGAUACCUUCAAGAACUCCCAUUCAAAUGGCAAUUCAAAUCAUAAAACUGGCACACGAAAUGGCUUACGAACAUCGGCAUCGACGCCAUCGCAGCCGUCAUGUAACUUAAAUACUCGUAACAUUUGCAAAGAGAACAAUUCUCAAAAACCAUUAAAUCAGUCACCAUCAUCAUUACUGCCAAAAUAUGUCGUGAAGUCAUACAGGAGUGGUUUGCUUAACUUUUCAGCCGUGGCCUUGGCCCUCAACGAUUUGGGCUAUCGGGCUGUGGGUGUUCGCAUCGAUUCCGGUGACUUGGCCUAUUUGUCGUGUCUGGCUCGUGAGACAUUCGAACGGGUGGGAGAGAAUUUCAAAGUGCCAUGGUUCAGUAAACUCACCAUUGUGGCAUCGAAUGACAUCAAUGAGGAUACGAUUUUGAGCCUAAACGAACAAGGGCACAAGAUUGAUUGUUUUGGUAUUGGCACACAUUUGGUAACCUGUCAACGACAACCGGCCUUGGGCUGUGUCUACAAAUUGGUUGAGAUUAAUGGUCAACCAAGAAUUAAACUAAGUCAGGAUGUGGAAAAGGUUACCAUGCCGGGACAUAAGAAUGCAUUCAGACUAUACAGCGCCGAUGGCCAUGCCCUAAUUGACCUUUUACAAAAGGUCACCGAGCCUCCACCGGCUGUGGGACAAAAGGUGCUUUGCCGCCAUCCUUUCCAGGAGUCAAAGCGCGCCUAUGUCAUUCCAUCGCAUGUCGAGUCCUUGUAUAAAAUCUAUUGGCAAAAUGGUAAAAUAGUCCAGCCGCUGCCGAGAUUAGAACAGGUUCGGGAGAGGGUUCAAAUGUCAUUGAAGACACUGCGGAAUGAUCACAAACGAACACUGAAUCCCACUCCAUAUAAGGUUGCUGUCAGCGAUAAUUUGUACAAUUUCAUUCAUGAUUUGUGGCUGCAGAAUGCUCCAAUUGGUGAACUGUCAUGAUCUAUAUAAGGCAUUUGUCCACCAACAAAAACCUAUGGCUUUUUGGAACAAUUUGAACAAGCCAACAAAAUUACACAACAACAACGACGACAAUAGCUGGUUAUGCCGUAUUCUAAAACCAUAGCACUGGUUGUUAUGUGGAGUAAAAAAUAUUUGUACAGGACUGUUACAAAAAGUUAUUUUUUAUAUUUGGUUGGCAUAGCAUUCAAUUCAAUUGUUGUUGCUAAAAUCUACAUUUUUUUCAAACAAAUUUUGGCAAUAAUCUUAAAAACAAAAUAUAAAAAAUUUGGAAAUUGUAUGUAACAUUGCAUGUACAGAUGAUAUUAAAAAAAACAUUUUGCAAACCCAAUGGAGUUGUGUUUGAAAGCAAAAAAGAAAAAAAUAAAAAUAAAUAUUUUGUUUUAAGAUUGUUAUUUGCUGGUAGUUAUAAUUUAUAAGGGAUUUUUUGUUGUUAACAAUUUUGAAACAAGACAAGCAACAAUGUUUUUAUAGUAGAGUUUUUUUUUUAAUAAAUAUAAGAUGCUUAACUAUUCUAACUACUUAUUAAUAUACAUAUAUAAUUCAUUAUAAUUAUUAAACUACUUAAUUAUAAAAUGGAAUAUAUAUAUUUUAAAAAAAUAUAUAUUCACAUACACCUAAACUAUGUAGGAAAAAAGAAGAGUACAUACAAUCCUCCCUAGCUACAACAAUCUUAUUUUUCUGUGUGGAAAAACCCUCACCUAUAGCUGCUUAAGUAAAAGUUAAAGAAUUUGUAUGAAAACAAAAAAUAUAUAUUAAAAAAAAAACAAAACAA